GGGAGCAAAGCCGGCCGCCAAGGCAGUCCCAGGCGUACUGACUGGAAAGCGGGCUCACCUCCGACGCCCGGCACCCCGUCACCAUGUGCGAGCUGUACAGCAAGCAGGACACUUUGGCGCUGAGGGGGAAGCACAUCGGGCCCUCAUGCAAAGUUUUCUUUGCUGCGGAUCCCAUCAAAAUAGUGCGAGCCCAGAGGCAGUACAUGUUUGAUGAGAAUGGUGAACGGUAUUUGGAUUGCAUCAACAACGUUGCCCACGUGGGACAUUGUCACCCAGACGUGGUCAGUGCUGCCCUGAAACAGAUGGAGCUGCUAAAUACAAAUUCUCGAUUCCUCAACGACAACAUCGUCGAGUAUGCCAAGCGCCUUUCAGCCACCCUGCCGGAGAAACUCUCUGUUUGUUAUUUUACAAAUUCAGGAUCUGAAGCCAAUGAUUUAGCCUUACGCCUGGCUUGGCAAUUCAGAGGCCAUCAAGAUGUGAUCACUCUUGACCAUGCUUAUCACGGUCACCUCUCAUCCUUAAUUGAGAUCAGUCCAUACAAAUUUCAGAAAGGCAAAGAUGUCAAGAAAGAGUUUGUACAUGUGGCACCAGUUCCGGAUACUUACAGGGGAAAAUACAGAGAAGACCACGCAGAUCCAGCUAGUGCUUAUGCCGAUGAAGUGAAGAAAAUUAUUGAAGAAGCUCAUAGCAGUGGAAGAAAGAUUGCUGCCUUUAUUGCUGAAUCCAUGCAGAGUUGUGGCGGACAAAUAAUUCCUCCAGCAGGCUACUUCCAGAAAGUGGCAGAAUAUGUACACGGAGCAGGGGGUGUGUUUAUAGCUGAUGAAGUUCAGGUAGGCUUUGGCCGAGUUGGGAAACAUUUCUGGAGCUUCCAAAUGCAUGGCGAAGACUUUGUUCCAGACAUUGUGACUAUGGGAAAACCAAUGGGCAAUGGCCACCCAGUGGCAUGUGUGGUAACAACCAAAGAAAUUGCAGAAGCCUUCAGCAGCUCUGGGAUGGAGUAUUUCAAUACGUACGGAGGAAAUCCAGUAUCUUGUGCUAUUGGUUUGGCUGUCCUGGAUAUAAUUGAAAGUGAAAACCUUCUAGGAAAUGCCGUGAGAGUAGGGAAUUAUCUCACUGAGUUACUGAAUGAACAGAAGGCUAAACACACUCUGAUAGGAGAUAUCAGGGGCGUUGGCCUUUUUAUCGGAAUCGACUUAGUGAAGGACCCUCAGAAAAGGACCCCCGCCACAGCGGAAGCUCAGCACAUCAUCUACAAGAUGAAAGAAAAACGGGUGCUUCUCAGUGCCGAUGGACCUCAUAGAAAUGUGCUUAAAAUAAAACCACCUAUGUGCUUCACUGAAGAAGAUGCAAAGUUUAUGGUGGACCAACUUGAUGAGAUUCUGACAGUUUUAGAAGGAGCCCUCGGAGUGAAAACUGAAAGUGUGAUUUCUGAGAGUACUCCAUGCAAAACACAGAUGUCAAAGGAAGGACACUUGGAAUUGCUCAAUAAUGCCACCGACUCCAAAGAAAAUUCCAGUAGGAAGAGAAAUGGAAUGUGCACAGAUAAACAUUCAGUGCUCAGUAAGAGGGUCAAGACAUGAGUGAUUCUCAUUUUAAAGCAAGAUAAACGUCCAGAAUUACAGAGAAUGAGUUGAUGUGUGUAUCAUCUGUUGACAGCUCUCUUGUGCUCUCUACAGGUAGAAUCGGCACUCAGUUUAGAUUUGUAAAUAAAAGAGUAAAUUAAUAAUAAGAAUACACCAAAUGAUAAUCAAACCAUGUCAAGAUUAUUUAUUAGUUCAGCCUCUGGCCUAUUAAUUUCUUACUUGCAAGUUCUGAAGGGACAUAAUUAAUUCUACUAAAUUUAAGCCUGCAGAUUCAAAAUUAAAAUGAUAGUUUUACUUCUUAUGUUCUAGUGUUUGAAAUUAAAGAGCAAAGUGUUAUAGAUUUCUUAACUUUGGAGACUUAGUGCCUUAAAAUAUGAAUUCCAUGAUGAUUUCAUAUAUAAAAGUAUAUUUAUUGACUAUAAUAAAGAAAUAUGAUGUAAAC